AUGGCUCCCACCACAAGAGGAAGAGGGCCAUCAGACUCCAGCUCGCGAUCACUCUCUCCUAUUGGGAAUCCCGGUAAGCUACGCUCAGCUCUUUCGCCUUCAAGACAUCUACCGAAUCCGAUCUCUAAGCUGGGCAGAUAUGCGAAGAGUAGAGCAAAUUCGAUUAGCUCUCCUACAAACGAAACAAGCGUCAAGAAGAUCCAAGAUAUUGAAGAUGAUGAUCUUGCCAAAUCGAAAUAUAUGAUGAAAAGCAUUGUUGGACUUUUAACCACGGCUAGUAUGUAUGCCGGUAUGGAUGACGCUCAGGAGGCCGAUGAACUAGCCCAGCACAUUGUACCUGAUGAUGAGGAAGAAGAAGAGAUAGGAAAAAACAAACCAAAGGGCUCUGGUGGUCAGAGCGAUGAAGUUGCAGUAUACAAAGAACCAGGGAAAGAUCAGAAAACUAAACCUGAAAAGGUGCCCUUGCCGUUGAGCCCAGCGGUGAGAAAACCUACAUUGUUUUCCUUCUCAGUAGUGCCUACAGAUGACUUGGAUUCUGAUUCAACUGCCGAUUCAUCAAAACUAACUGGAAGGCGGAAGAUAAUAACACAGCUUUUAAGCCAUUUCAAAUUGGACCCAAGCGAAACUUUGUUGAAGGAGUACUUUGCUUGGUUGCUGAAAGAUGUUCUUGUUCAAGGUAAGCUACUAAUCACCAGCAAACAUAUCCUUUUUUUUGCCUAUUUGCCUAAAAGUCCUGGAACAGUGAAACUCAGCGGCAAUUUAAACAUACGAUCGACGCUCAGGGCUUCGUCGCGAUACUGGUGUGUUUUAAAAGAUCACACUCUCACGCUUUAUACCUCACCUACCGAAGUUUACUUUCCGGUGCUAACUAUCGAUUUGAGAAGUGUUACUAGUGUAAGAAUCGAUAAACUAUCAUCGACUGACGGCUCUCAAAAGACUUUCAAAGUCAGCAGUAAUGAAAGAACUUAUGUCUUUACUGCUGAUACAGAUUAUUCCGCAAGAACCUGGUGUAAUGCGCUGAAGAAACAGCAAUUUGCUGAGCAAAAUUCAGACAAUGAUUCUGUUAGUCUCAAAAUACCUUUAGCGAAUGUUAUUGACAUUGAUGACCAAACGAUAGUGAAACAAGCCUUGACUGUUCGAAUACGCGCAUUAGAGAGCACUUCUUCAUAUGCUAUUGAUGAUUUUCAUUUCGUGUUUCUAGACGGAACGGGUUUCACUCUUAUGAAAGUGGUAAAAGACCAAAUCUCUGCUCUUAGCGACGCAGGUAUGCGCAUCCUUUUCGAUAAUGUGGUAAUUGACGAUCAGCGGAGCCGAUCGCCUACUGUCAAGUCUGCAGAUGGAUCUGAUGCUGAUAACGGCGCUCGGGGUGCUUCUCCUGUCACUAAAGGGGAAAGAUUCUCAUCGCAUGAAUUAUUUAUUGACAGAGCGUUACAACGACCAGCUGGCUCGGAUGCUAAAGAUACUGGUGAAAUAUCGUGGAGAAGAAGAAUCAGAGAAAUAAGUGGCAACUGGUUGUUGGCAAAGCCUCCUGCAAUCGAUAGUGCCGAAGAUACCGUCGUGGAAUACUAUUCCAAAUCUUCUUCGCUAGGUGCUAAUGGAUCGCCGCAGGCCAACUUAGGUGACCAAAUAUCAGACGAUGACAUAUCAGAAGAAACAAGCCGUGAGUCGAGAAGAGCUAAACUGGCAGGCUGGACGACCAAGCCAUUCAAAAAUGUCGCAGAGAUGUGGAGUGGCCACCCGAUGCAUUACGCCAACGAUUUUAUACCAUUUAGCGAGGAUGAUCCAUACCUAGUAAAGGAUAAGCAUAAGUUGGCAGCUAUUCAUCGUUUCCAAAGGCACUUCAAGCUGACAAAUGAUGAAUGUCUCAUAAGCUCCUCGUUUACAUAUUUAACCAGGAACAUUCCGCUUUAUGGGAAACUUUACAUUGCAAAUAGUGUAAUGUGUUUUCGGACAUUACUCCCAACGGUUAAUACUAAAAUGAUUCUUCCAUUGAGCGACAUUGAGACCUGCUAUAAGGAGAAAGGAUUCAGGUUCGGAUAUUUGGGGCUCGUAGUAGUCAUCAGGGGACAUGAAGAGCUCUUUUUCGAGUUCAGUACUGCGCUCGCCAGGGAUGACGCUGAAUAUAUUCUUUUGAAGCAAUUAGACGAAUUCAAACCAAAAUCAAAACUACCGUUGGUGGCUACAACAAAUAUUUUAGAGACUGACAUUGAUAAUGCUAAGUUGAAAUUCUUCGAGGACAAGAUUAAUGCCGAAGGAUUCGAAGUACCCUUGCUUUUUGAUGAGAGCCCCUUCUUCAAGACAAAGAUAAAGCCCACACGAAGCUAUAAGAUUGGUAUACUUACCAUAGGAUCUCGUGGUGAUGUUCAGCCUUACAUUGCACUGGGAAAAGGGCUAAUAAAGGAAGGUCAUCAAGUUACAAUUAUAACGCACGGUGAAUUUCACUCUUUUGUCACGAGCCAUGGAAUCAAUUUUGAGGAGAUUGCUGGCGACCCAGCUGAACUUAUGGCUCUAAUGGUUGAGCAUGAGUCCAUGAACGUUAGUCUUCUGAGAGACGCCUCUUCGCGAUUUAGAGGAUGGAUAACAUCUUUGCUUGAUACUUCCUGGGUGGCCUGUAAGAGCCUUCAACUUGAUAUCCUUAUAGAAUCUCCAUCGGCUAUGGCGGGUAUUCACAUCGCAGAAGCACUUGAAAUUCCUUACUUCAGAGCAUUUACUAUGCCUUGGACCAGAACAAGGGCUUAUCCCCAUGCUUUCAUAGUUCCAGAUCAGAAGCGUGGAGGUAACUAUAAUUAUCUCACUCAUGUGCUUUUCGAGAAUCUGUUUUGGAAAGGCAUAAGUGGACAAGUUAACAAAUGGAGACUUGAGUCUCUGGGUCUCAAUAGGACAAAUCUGGAUAUGUUACAACAAGGUAAGGUCCCGUUUUUUUAUAACGUCUCACCAACCGUCUUCUCACCGUCUGUCGAUUUCAGUGAAUGGAUCAAAGUAACCGGUUACUGGUUUUUAGAUGAAAAGCAUACCUACGAACCCCCUCAAGAAUUGGCCGAUUUCAUUAAUAAAGCCAAGAAGCUGAACAAAAAGUUGGUCUAUAUCGGUUUCGGUUCAAUAGUAGUUUCAAAUGCUAAGGAAAUGACCAAAGCUAUCUGUAAGGCUGUAACAGAUGCUGAUGUCUAUUGCAUUUUAAACAAGGGCUGGUCUGAGAGAUUGAAUGAUAAAACCUGCACGCAGGUCGAAGUACCACUUCCGGAAUGCGUCUUUAAUGCUGGUAAUGUGCCUCAUGAUUGGUUGUUCCCCCAAAUGGACGCAGCAGUUCACCAUGGAGGCUCUGGCACUACUGGUGCUACUCUGAGAGCGGGCCUCCCUACUGUUGUAAAGCCUUUUUUUGGAGACCAAUUUUUCUAUGCUCUACGAGUCGAGGAUAUUGGCGCAGGCGUCGCCUUGAAGAAGCUUAACAGCUCCUCCUUAGCUCAUGCCUUGAAGGAAGUUACGACGAAUAAAAGGAUGCUAGACAAGGCUCAACUAAUAAAAAGGCAAAUAGCCGUUGAAGAUGGGGUUCAGACGGCAAUCAAUUGUCUUUACGGUGAACUGGAGUAUGCAAGAAGCCUAGUUGUUUCAAAAAGAAGAAGAUCAAAGGUCGAAACGACAAACAUGGGAAAGGCGCAAUCCAAAGCAGAUGUUGAGAAAGGGCGAGAAGGAUGGACUUUAGUGUAA